AUGGGGGUCGAUACCCGCCGACCCAUGCUGCCUGCCCCUACAGAAUCACUCGUCGAUACUACGGUCGGCAGCAGCAUAAUAGGCACAGAUCUGGCAACUGACCUUUCUCGCCGCACAGACAAGACGUCGUACUCCAUUCCAGACGACGGAAGCCCUGUCAUUAUUCCUACCCGGCGCCAUCGGGACCGGGACGACAAACUGUCUCGCUCACAGCCAGACUCGCAGACUUCCCUCCUCAUCGAAUACUUUGAGGGUGGGAAGGGCUCUAGCGGUAUCGUCUCCCGACCCAGUGUCCGAGUUCGUGUUACUCCCUCGGGGGCGAGAAAGUCAAAAGACAACAAGGAUCAUAUUCAGAUCACCGAAUCUGGCUCGAGUCGCCGGCCAUCUUACACCCGUCGCAUCUCCGUCACUUCGCCAUCCACCAAAUCAAAACAACUGGUCGACUCGAACGUCGAUGAUCAAAGCUUGAGUGAUAGCAAUUCUGUCGAGGACGAGGGCCAUCAUCGCCAUUCGUCCCGACACCCGCCGGUGGAGAUCGAAUUCAUGAAUCGCGAUCAAGGCAGCGAGCUGUCGACAGUUUCGCGCGAAAGAUACAUGCCUACCACUUCUGAUAUCUCGACUAUGCCUGCGGAUAGUAUGCUUGAGGGCGGCUCUUCGGCGGGUCCCCGGCGGAAACGGAGCCAAAGUUUGGAACGUGGGGCUAAGCGUGAAGAUAAGAAUUUACUGAAGACUCCAUCUCGACAACGCAGCCGCAGUCUGAGCCAUGAGCGAAUCGCUCAUCGAGUCGCCGAGAAACUUACUGGAUCGCCUCAGGAGGCAUCAAGUGGCAAGCGGAGCCGUCGCAGAAGCAAAAACCGGAAUGGCGGGAAGGAUUAUUUGGAGGCAGAGCCGACCAAAUCCUCAUCACGCCGGAAACGAUAUGGCUCUGGCGAAGACGAAUACAUUGCCAGUCCUGAAUCCAGUCUGCUCAGUACCUCUGCAGUCUCUUCAAAUCGCAAAUCCGAUGCUUAUUCGGUUCGCUCUGGGGCUUCAAAAUCGUCUAUCAAUAACCCCAAGUUGCUGGAGACUGUCGAAGAUGCCAUUCGCCGACUCAUUCUUCCUGAAUUGAAGGAGCUCAAGAAGGACCAGAAAACCAUAUCCAACAAGUCCAAAUUCGAUCGAGAUAUGACAACUUCCUAUUCCUCUGCAAGCUCUCGUGAUGAAUUGGGCCGUCGUCUGUCAAAACACGCCAGUGCACCUGAUGUCAUGAAGCCCAAGGUGGUUUUGAACAAGGACAGCAAAGACGAGGGCAUAGUACUUGCCGGAGGACCUGCGGUUCAGAACCAGACCCAGCCCCAGAACAAGGAGCGCAAAUCCAGCAAGGGCAGCGAUGCAUCUGACAAUGCGUGGGUGAAAUGGGGCCGACCUGAGCUUAGCGACCAAGAGAAGCUUCGACGGCAAAAAAGCAAGGGCCUACGUGAUGCCCAGGCGGCAGGACGAGUUGGCUCAGCGUUGACAGCAGCAACUCUCAGACACCAUGACUCCCAGUCCAGCAUCGGUCAGAGCGAGCGGAGAGACAGCGGAUCCCACAAGAGCAUUGAGGGAUACAAUGAGACAGAACUCGUUUUCCAGAAACACAAUGUCCCUGCCAUGCCUAUGCGCAGUGCAAUGGAUUCCGAGUUGACCCGAACUUCAUUGUUGUCAGAACGAACAGAGAGUCCCGCCCCGCGCAAGAGGCUUUCUCAAGCAGAAUUCUCACAGGGCUCGCCGCGACAGCUGCCUUCUCCAACCUCUCGCACGCCGACCCGUACUCCCCUUGACUCUCGGUAUGAACUUGGCAUGCACCACACAAAUCAAUCACAGCGUGAUCUCUCUAUUCACAGCGCCUCAGACCGUGAUCUCCGAGCCAAGAGCCAGUCUCCUGGAACUGAUGGUGGUAGCGAUUGGGCUAUUGCUGCGGCGGCGGCGGCCAACUUGCUCGAUGCUGCGCAGCCAGGUUUCCAGGAUUCAUACACUGAUCAGUAUGAAGCUGGUCGUGCACUCAGUCCGAUCCAGAGCAUUGCCAGUGAGCGUACUGAGACCCAUGAUGAUCAAUACCAGAACAAGCAUCAUGCCGAACUUCAACAAAACCUUGAACCUCGCCUUUCAAUCGAAACUUUGUCCUCGGCCCCCAGCACAAACCUUGCCAGGUCCACCCGUCAAGACGGAGUCAGUCCUCACAGUCAAAGCCGACUCUCCAUCCAGGGCGAAGAGGGUCUUGAGCUUGGAUAUGAGCAAUCACGCCAAGUCUCUGCCGAAGAAGGUUUCUACGGACAUGAGGAGGAGUCCAGAUUGGAUGGUUCCUUCCUCGGAGAGGAAAGCGAACUGGACUUCAUGGACAGAAUCAAGGAGGGUCAGCAUGUGGUGCCCGCCAUUGCUGCUAAUCCUCAGAUCGUCCACCAUGGGCAAGUUAUGGGUAUUGAAUCUGCUGUGGCCUCCUUGAUGGAUCCUUCCAUUCUUGACACUCAGUCCAACAAUUCUGCCAACCGUUCGCAGACUGACCUUUCUCCACGCUCGAGAAGCCGGAGCCCUGAGAAGCCUACCACUGAGCCUUUCCGUGGAAGUCCUCUGAAGCACCGCCAGGAUGCUUCCAGUCCUGAUGAGACCUCUUUCACACGUCGCAUGGGUGUUAGUUCACCUCCUCAAAGUGUGACACAGUCAAUUGAGGACCUUGAAGAAGAAGCUGCUAUGGCGGCUGCCGGUACUCGUGGUAUUGAGAGCCCUCUCCCCGAGGCUGAUCACCACAGCGAGGCGGAAUCCGAGUCUGAGAUCAACACCAACCCCUCCAUCAUUCAAGGUCCGAUUGGUGGCGUGCCCCAAUCAGGUGUAGACCAUUGGGGAUAUGAUUCACGAACCCCGCCUGCUGGCCAGGCUGCAUUCUACGACUCUGCUGAUCAGACUGGUGGAGCCAAGGACAUGGGUUCUGUGCGACCUCACAACCUCGAUGCCGAGUACUAUGAGACUGCCAAGAACAUCUUCGGUGGUGACGAAUACUAUCCCGACCAGCACUCUCAGCAGCUCUUUGGCACUCCUCCAGGAGCGAAAGAUGAAGGGUAUGUCUCAGCUGCGAACCCCAUGUCUCCAAGCGUUGGCACUCCCAAGCAAGGAAGCCGUGGCCUUGCACCUGCACCCGCUUUCGAAAGUCCUGUGGAUGCGGAAUCCUUCUCUCCUGGUCACCAGCGUGAUUUCAGCGGGUACUCCCAUGGAGUUGGCUCUCCUCUCUAUGACAGUGCUACUGGUCACGGAAUUGAGAGAAUCAAAUCUAAAGAUAUUGUCGCUCUUAUGGAUCACCUCACUGUUCGCGAUGCUCAACGCAAUGCCCGCGACACUGAGAUGCUCGUCACCUUGGUUCGUAGCGCUGCCGAGAUGCGCAACUCCUUCGACGAGAUGAAGAAGUUCAUUGCCCAGCAAGAUGAGCUCCUCAUGGACUCCAAUGUCAAGCAUCACGAGCGCACUCAAAAGGCUCUUGGUGGACCUCGCCCACUGCCUCCAAGUGGAUCUCGCGCCCGCCAGUUGAACCUGGAAGACGAGGAGGAUCUGCAAUCGAAGCGCAAGAACAUCUUCAAGCGUGCCCUCAAGGGUCUGAGCAUGAAGUCCGGCAAUGACCUUGCCAAGAUUGAAGGUAUGCUGGAACAGUUGCUUGAUGAAGUUGAGGCUCUGCGAGAAGGUCGGGACAUCGAUAGUCCUCGCGCAGCUCCCCGAGCUGGCAGUGUCGACGCAACUUCGUUUGAUGCCAAUGGCCAAAAUGGUGGUCACUCUCCUUUCAUGAGCCCAUCUCGCCAGCCUACCGGUGAUCAGCGCGUGAGCACUGUCCCUGAAGAGGAUGAGGACGAUGAUGAUGUGCUUGAUGAGGGUGAUACCUACUUGACUGCACACCUCCCUGUGCAAGAGCCAUCCCGUCACGAACGAUCUGGAUCUUUGCCUCUUGCUACGCCUCCCCGCAAGCCAUUGGCUUCGGGCACCCGCAGCAACGAGACCACUCCCAAGGCGUCCGCUGACAAGGCUGAGAAAGCUCGCAAGCACAAGUCGAGCAGCUCAUCAAUCUUCCCCAAGAUCUCUCGCUGGUCUAAGACUACCGCUUCUUCCAUGGGUGACAACAUCCGCAACAGCAUUCAGCCUGGCCGAAAGGAGCGACCUUACUCUGAGAGCCACUCUCGAUCCGGAUCUGAUCUGGCACCACAUGGUCCAUACAAAGCUGCCGAUUACUAUGAUCCCGAGGGUGAUGAUCGCAUCCGCUCCCACUACAGCCUGGACGAACAGCAAGAAAACCGUCCUCCAUCCCCAUUGGUGCCCUCCCAGGUCUCCGAGGCCCCAAAGUACCGCGCUCACCGUGGUAGUCUCGAGAUCCAACAUCCUCAGCCCCGACAGGGUCCAACCGGACGUUACCAGUCAGCCCUUGAGACUCAAGCUCAGACCUAUGGAGCCACUGACUCUCCCACAUCCGAGCAAUGGGGUUCUAACCCCAGUUUGCCAGUUGUGCAGCCCGCCAACCGCUACAGCGCUGGUAGCCGCCUUUCCCCCAUCUCUGAUGCUGGAUACUCCGAGAGCAGUUCCCGUGCUGCCGGUCCUCCUCGACCUCCAAAGGUCAAGGAUGAUGGUCCCUUAAUUCCUGAGCGACCACCCAAGGUUGCUGAAGACGAGAGUCAGUCCUAUGUCGACCGUGUUCCCUCACACGCGUCUACUAUCCGCUCACCACCUACCCGUAAACCAACAGGCCCUCGCCCCCUGACCUCCGGCGGCUCCUACAGCCCCAGCAACGUCAAGCGUACCCGCUACCGAGGCAGUCCGAUGCAAAUCGACUAUGACGACGAAUAUUGA